UAUUCAUCUCCUGGAACGGAAAGCACCAAUCCAGCUUCCCCUAUAAAAUCCUCCCCUCCCGACCCCCCAAUCCCACCAACGCACCGUGUCAACCAGAUCCCCAAGACCAAAACAAGCCCGUCAACCUAUUCGAGCUAGAGUUGAAUCUGAGUUUACUUCGGGAGAUUUCAGUCCAAUCCGUCGAGAUGAGUUCGCAGGCGAUCGAGAAGAACAGGGAGGGCGCGGAGGUGUACCACGGCGCGGCGCUGUGCGCGGAGAAGGCGGUGGAGCUGCUGGCGGAGACCAACAUGCCGCUGGGCCUGCUCCCGCUCGCCGACAUCGAGGAGGUCGGCUACAACCGCGCCACCGGCUUCGUCUGGCUGCGCCAGAAGAAGGCGCUCACGCACACCUUCAAGCAGAUCGGCCGCCAGGUCUCGUACGCCACCGAGGUCACCGCCGUCGUCGAGGACAAGAAGAUGAAGCGCAUGACCGGGGUCAAGAGCAAGGAGAUGCUCAUCUGGGUCACGCUCUGCGACAUGUUCAUCGACAAGGACGACCCCUCCAAGAUCACCUUCAAGACCCCCACGGGACUCGGCAGGACCUUCCCCGUCUCCGCCUUCGGGAAGGACGACGACGGCAAGCCCAAGGCGCCCGCCGCCGCCGCAGCAACGGCUGACGGCGAGGCCGCUGCGGCCAAGUAAAAGGAGACGCGGCCGCGACACCAAGUUGAAGAGUCCUCGAGCCAUUAUUACUUUGCUUAUCAACCGCUGCCAUGCUCUGUUUCAAUAAACAAAUUACGUCAACUAAUACUCUCCACCUCUCCUCCUCUGGUGUUUUGCCGAGGGUACCUUGUAUCAUACUACAGUACUAUUAUUAUAAUUAUCAGUAUAUAAUCGUGCGCUGCAUAA